AUGUACAAACGGUCCAAACUGGACGGUUUCGGAGACGGCUCCGUCCUGCCCGAAGACCUCCGUCCAGAAGAGGAGGAGGAGGAGGAGCGGGAGCUGAUCCUGGACGGAGGUCUGCCUCGAUACACCUCCUCCUCCCUGACUUCUGACCUCCUGCUGGAGGACGGCAGGGAGAUGGCCGUGGACGAGGAGGUGAAGGAGGUGGAGGAGUUGAAGAGGCCGGAGAAGGCGGAGGAGAGCGUGGGCUCCCUCCCCAGGAAACCUCCUCCGUCGUGGGAGGAGUGGAAGCUCAGCUCCUUGGGUCGGGCCCGAGGAGCCGAGGAGUGUCGGAGCCGGGAGAAACAGGAGGAGCUCAGAGGGAGAGGCCAUGAGGAGGAACAGGAGGAGGAGCAGGAGGAGGAGGAGGAGGAGGUGCAGAGGUCAGAGCACGAGAGCAUCGUGUCUUUAGGAAACCUGAUUCUGG